UUCUCUUUUUUGCUCCAUUUAUAACUUCUAGAGCCCUUUUUGUCCAUGCCCUCUGCCAACGAGUCUGCUACUUCCACCGGCCCCUGGGGCACGAUCGCUUCCAGCGAUGUGUCGCGCCGCACCUUCAACCCCAUCCGCGAUGUGCUGACCCGCCCAGUGCAGCCCCUGUCGACUCCCAAGAGCACAAAGGAGAUGCUCAGCCUGUCCAUUGGCGACCCGACGGUCUUUGGCAACUUCAAGACCCACCCGGUCGUCGUCGAGGCUGUCGAGGAGGCCGCGCGCUCGUACAAGUUCAACGGCUACCCUCCUUCAGUCGGAAUCCACGCUACGCGCGAGGCUGUUGCCAACAAAUACACCUGCCCGGAGGCACCGCUGACCGCCGAGGUAAAGUAUCUUGCAAAGCACUCUUUUAUUUGGCUUAUCUGAACACGGGACGGCUAGUUCUGGUGCCGCCCAAAGUGAAGGGAAUAGAGCAACAAGGUCUCCUGCGGGUGCAACUCGUCCACACUCUGGAGCGGGACGCAUGCCUACCUGUUUUUUGUCUGGAAUAGUGGGGGAGGCGAUUCUCGUGCCGGAUGAGCACUUGGUAAUUAUGCAGAACGUGGGAACUUUUGGUGCACGGGCGCCCCGGACAUGCAGUCGAUUUUUUUCUCACACGCUCAAGUGCCAAUGGAAAACCUGCAGCCUGCGGCUGUUCCUGUGCUUCACAUGACCCCACCGCAUGGCACUAAUUGCGCCUUUAUUGGCCACACCUUUACGCACGC